UUCACUGUAUUCACUUGCUCGAUAUUUCCAACUGCAAAUGAAUUGCAAUCUCUAUUCAGAUCUCUGUUAUCAAUUCAUUCUAGGGCUUUCUUUCCCGCGCUACACAGAUACCGAUUCCUAAUCUAUUUUUUAUGUUUUAUUUGCCGAUUUCUGAAUUGAUUAAGAUCCGCGGGCGACGGAAUUUGGGCUGUCUUCCUGGUUGAUGGUUCAACAAAGAUCUGGUGGUUGCGAGUUGUAUAUUUUUUGAGGAAAUAGAGAUGGAUUUGGAUUUUAAUGGAGAUAUCACGUGCCUCGAUGCUGAACUAUUGCAAAUUCAGGAUGUGUCGCCGUUGGCAAUUAAAACCAAUCCCUAUGUUGCCGAAAAGCUCUUUGAUCAGUGGCUUUCGCUUCCUGAAACAAAUUCCUUGGUAAAAUCGUUGCUUAAUAAUAAGGGAGGUGGCCCAUUGAAUGCUUCUGGAACAGCAAGCACAAAUACUGCAGCUAGCAAUACAUUGCCUUCUAUGUUUCCUUCAGGUAGUACACCACCACUCUCACCAAGGAGUUCAGGCUCUCCUCGAAUCAUCAAGAGGGCAGGUCCUUCUGCCUUAGGCUUGAAAUCGGUGAAUGAGCCUGUGAAAGAGCUUAUACCUCAGUUUUACUUCCAAAAUGGCCGGCCACCACCUAAUGAAAUGAAAGAGCGGUGCUUGUUUAGAAUCAACCAAUUUUUUUAUGGUCAUGUGGAUGGACUGCAAAUACAUGAAUUUAAACCAGUGACGAAGGAAAUUUGCAAGCUCCCGUCUUUCUUUUCUUCUGUACUGUUUAAAAAGAUUGAUACUGAGGGUGCUGGAAUUGUGACCAGAGAUGCAUUUGUUGAUUAUUGGAUUAAUAGAAUGUUAACCAAGGAUCUGGCAACACAGUUAUUUACAAUCUUGAAGCAGCCAGAGAACAGGCACUUGGUCCAGGAUGACUUUAAACCUGUUCUUCGAGAACUUUUAACCACUCAUCCUGGGUUGGAAUUCCUACAGGGUACGCCUGAAUUUCAAGAAAGAUAUGCUGAAACUGUAAUAUACAGAAUAUUUUACUAUGUGAAUAGAGCGGGUAAUAGUCGUCUUACACUAAAAGAGCUGAGACGCUCAAACUUGAUUGCCGCAAUGCAGCAUGCAGAUGAAGAAGAGGAUAUCAAUAAAGUCUUGAGGUACUUCUCAUAUGAGCAUUUUUAUGUGAUAUACUGCAAGUUCUGGGAACUGGACUCGGAUCAUGAUUUUUUGAUCGACAAAGAAAACCUCAUCAGAUAUGGUAACCAUGCACUUACCUACAGGAUUGUUGAUAGAAUAUUUUCCCAGGUUCCGAGAAAGUUCACCAGUAAGGUUGAAGGAAAGAUGGGAUAUGAAGAUUUCGUCUACUUCAUAUUGUCAGAGGAGGAUAAAUCAUCUGACCUUAGUCUUGAGUAUUGGUUCAAGUGCAUAGAUUUGGAUGGUAAUGAAAUUAUAACGAGGAAUGAAAUGCAAUUCUUUUACGAGGAGCAGUUGCAUAGAAUGGAAUGCAUGGCCCAAGAGCCUGUGCUUUUCGAAGAUAUAUUGUGUCAAAUUGUGGACAUGGUUCAUCCAGAGGAUGAGAGCUAUUUUACACUGCGAGAUAUAAAAGGAAGCAGACUUUCUGGCAGUGUUUUCAAUAUCCUGUUUAACCUUAAUAAGUUUAUGGCUUUCGAGUCUCGUGAUCCUUUUCUAAUUCGGCAGGAGCGCGAGAACCCUAAUUUGACUGAGUGGGAUCGAUUUGCUCACCGGGAAUACAUUAGGCUCUCAAUGGAGGAAGAUGCAGAAGAUGCCUCUAAUGGAAGUGAUAAUAAUUGGGAUGAACCACUCGAGGCUCCUUUUUGACUUCUGUUUGGAUUUGUCCUCAGAAGGGUUAUGCAUAACUUCCUUGGCAUUACUAAUUAUGUAAGGUUUGCAUAUUAUCAGGAGCCGAGCCAACUAUAAGUUCCUCGUAUAUAGCUGGCUACGGAGCAUUAUAAACUAUAUAGAGAGGGAUUUAGCCAUCCUGCUCACUCUCACUCGCCCCGCUGUUACAUUUUGGAGACUUGUUUUAGAAAUUUUGAGCUCUCGCCUUCCGGUAGAAAUGUUGCCGUGUUGCACAGGGAAAGGCUCGGUCAGCUUGCGCGGUUGUUGAUUUGAUGCCAACGAGGAGUAUAUAGAUUAUGUUAGUCCAGAGUCUUUUUUAGCACUUGGUUCUUGUGAGUUGUAAGAAUAAUUUUUAGUACUAAUUAUUUCAUUACUAGUUUUUGCUUGUUUUUCUUUUUCUUGAUUUCCUCGUCUCUGUAGUUUGUUGUUCCCCCUUUUUUAGAAUCCAUUUCCCUUGUGUUGGAGAUUGAAUUUUGAUGAUAUUGUUUUUUAUAUCAA